GCUUCUGGAGGCCCCUGAAGGGUCUGAAUGUGAUGGUGAUGGGUGCAGGGCCCGCACAUGCCAUGUAUUUUGCCUGCUACGAAAACAUGAAAAGGACUUUAAAUGACGUUUUCAGCCACCAUGGAAACAGCCACCUAGCUAAUGGUAUUUUGAAAGCGUUUGUCUGGAGCUAGGAAGCUCCUCUCUUCGGUGCUUGCUCCCUGGGCCUUCCUCCCCUGGACCCAGCAGACUUCAGCUUCCUUCGGCAGCUUGUUCAGGAACAGAGAACUCUAGGGUCACGUGAAUACACACACACACACACACACACACACACACACACACACACUGUUUUAUUCAUUCCCUCUUUCUCUGGGGGAAGCUAGUGGUAGAGGUGUUUGGUAUUUAUUGUUGUAUGAGCGCUUUUUUUUUUCCUUACAAAAACCACUCAGAACAAUUAAUGGUCAUAGGAAAAAAUUCUCUUGAAUGCUGGAUGCAAAACAAAGCACAGAAAAGGACAGCUUCUUUGAGACUAUUUAAAAACUGGUACAACAGGUCUCUCCAGCACCAGGAUCUAACUAAGCUUGGAAAGGUCAAGACGUUUUAUGCUGACAGAGGACUCGUGCCACUGCGGAAGGCCUUCCCCCACUUUAAGCUGCAGGAGAUUCGGGCCUUUGACCCCCCCCCCCCAGCCUCCUCCGGAUAGCUGGGGGUAUGGCCACCCUACUCCACGAUGCAGUAAUGAAUCCGGCAGAAGUGGUGAAGCAACGCUUACAGAUGUACAACUCACAGUACCAGUCAGCCCUCAAUUGUAUCCGGACGGUGUGGCGGACCGAGGGGUUGGGGGCCUUCUACAGGAGUUAUACCACACAGCUGACCAUGAACAUACCCUUCCAGUCUAUCCAUUUCAUCACCUACGAGUUCCUGCAGGAGAAGGUCAACCCACUGCGAAACUACAACCCACAGUCUCACAUCAUCUCGGGCGGUCUGGCCGGUGCGCUGGCUGCAGCUGCCACCACCCCACUGGAUGUCUGCAAGACCCUCCUCAACACGCAGGAAAACAUGGCGCUCUCCCUGGCCAAUGUCAAUGGUCGGUUGACGGGCAUGGCCAAUGCCUUCAGGACGGUCUACCAGCUCAACGGCCUUGCUGGCUAUUUCAAAGGUAUCCACGCUCGAGUCAUUUACCAGAUGCCUUCCACCGCCAUCUCCUGGUCCGUCUAUGAGUUCUUCAAGUAUUUCCUUACGAAGCGGCAGCUGGAGAGCCGAACUCUGUACUAAAGGAACGGGCAGUGGGAAGUGGUCCCAGCAUCUUUUGUUCCUGCCUCACCCCUUGUUCUCAUACCCAGGCCCUGUCCUGCAGGGUGCUCGCGCCGGGCGGGCCCUUCAUUCCCUGCCUGGUGCCCGAGAAAGGGAGGACCAGCCUCCACUGCCGGGAAGGCUGUCUGUGGGAAUGUCCCAGAUGAUGGGAGGUGGGAAAAACUUGGGAAGGAGAAUGAGAAGUUGCUUUUUCUCCUGUCUCUAGGGGAGUGUAGCUUUUCUGCAGCCCUGUGGCCUUCUCUUCUCUCUCCCUAGAUCUUUAGAUCACACCGCAGAGGAGAGCGGUGACACAGUAAAGAAGAGUUUAUGUACAUAAAAGUACCAUUACCCAGUCUAAAAUAGGUGGAUAAUGUUUAUCCUUUAUUUUUCUACAUAGAGAUUUUUGAAAUUGUGUGUGCUUGUGUGUGUCCAUAAAUAGGAUUAGAGUUGGGAUGAUGUACCUGUUUUUAAAAAAUAAGAGGGUUGAAUUCUUCCAUCAUGAGAAGUAAAACAAACAAACAAAAAACAGAAAAAAAAAAAAGGCACCAAAGUAAUAAAUGGCUUUAUGUGGCCCGAAAUUGUGUGUAGCACCCCUCCUGUGGGAGUUUAACUUGAAUGUAAAAUAAUAAAUAUGAAGUUUAUAUUUUAAUUUUUCUCUUUUCAUGGGGGAGAAAGGUACGUUGAAAACAAGUCAAAAUAAUGAUUUAUCACUUGGAGCUUUAAAAACAAAAAACAACAACAAAAAAUGGUCACCCACAUGUGCCUUUCUGUCUUUCCUAAAUCUUCCAGGACCAAAGCUAUGGCCCUGGAGCAUUUUCCGCCCUCUGUGGACACGCCCACACACAUCCUGGUUGUCCACACUGUUGGGUAGUGGCCCGGGUAGAAUAAGAAUGGCUGGCCUUAACCUUCCCUGAGUGGUGUGAAUGUGUGCCUCCAUGAACAGCUCUUAGCACUGGAUAUGCUGUCGUUUGCCUGGCAAAUCAGAGACAGUUCUCGCCUUUGUCUUAGGACUAAUUUCUGCAGUGACCUUGUUCUCAGGCACUUCAGCUAACUUGGUUGGUAUGUGUUUUUAUUAGUCAUCUCUUAACCCAUUUUUCCCUGCAGUCUAGGGACUUUGGAAAAUCAUAGCUAGAAUAUUUCUGGCAUUCAUCUGUCCCCUGCCCUGUUCCAGCCCUGGGUUUUGCCCAUCACAGCCUCUUACUACACUGAGGCCAGCCCUCCAGCCCAGACUGCACUGCUGACGCCAGCUAGGACCCUCUCUCUGCCUCUCCAAAGCCACUCAGCAGCCUUGUCUCAUCCUGUGUCACUGGAGAACCUAUGUCCUCUCUGCUUUGUUUUCUGAAAUGGAGUCAGAUCAUCUCCGAGAGAAAACACAAACCUAUGUCUUCUAGUCUGCCACUCUCAUGGGGAUGUCAGAAUGGCUCAGUUUCCCUCUUGCAGCUUGUCUAUGGAUGAGCAGGAAACACACUGGUAUUUUCAUUUUGUUGGCCCUGGUCUCAUUUGAAAUUCAUGGCUAGUGUCCUCCCUCUUACUGGGGAGGAGAGGACCUUAAGCUCCUGUGAUAGGUACAGCAGCUUGGGAAAAGAUUCAGCUUGCACUUGGAAGAAUUUUCAUUUAGGGACUGUGGUGAUAUCUUGCUCACCACAUGGAACCACACGUCACCUGGUGCCCCUGGGCACAGGUUUUGUUUCUGUCCAGCAGUUGUGAGAAAUUACAUGAUGGUCAGCUGUCUUCCUUUUUUUCAAAUCAGGAGGAGAGAGAGAGCCACUUCUAGUUCUUAGAUGUGCCCCGUGAGGGCUUCGUGGCUGGCUGCUGACCUGUCACACCAUAGGGUAACAGUCUCUGUGCCUGCUGGGGUCCUAGGAUGGCUGGUGUCUUAUUAUCACGGAAAAUGUUUCUACUCUCAUCCUGUUAGUGUUGGGUAGUGUUAAAUUCUGUAAAUGGAGGGGGAAGUCAAAUCAUAGAGACUAAAAUUUAAAUCAAGUCUGAACCAUUAUUCCAACCAUGUCCUUUGGUCCAUUUGCUGACUAAUCCUGCUGCAAAAGCAAUAUUCCCUGUUGGAUUUUCUUUACAGCUAUCUUCUGGAAUAGCUUCUUUGGUCAGGGCCAUGUAAGAUGGAGAGGUAAGACCAGGACUUCAGAACUCUGUGACCUUGAAAUCCAGGGUCCAGUCCUAGCUAGCCCCUCCCUGUGGAUCCAUAGAUCUGCAGGGAGGCAGCUUUUUAACCAGCCCAGCCCACCCAGUCACCGUGGGUUGAGCAAGUGAUGUAUCUGAACAAGUUGUUAAAAAGUUAUGAAGCAUUGAACAAAAGUGUUUGUCAUUCCUGUGGGGUUAAUUUCCCCCCUCUCACCUUUAGCUCCAAAGUUGGUAUUGUCCUCACCCCUGUACACAUUAUAGCCUGUGUGUUGAUUGUGAUUUUUGACAUUGCAAAGCUCUAAAUAGGAAAAUGCUUCCUUCUGACCAGUGACCAAGUUAUUAGAGUCAUUGGCAUCUUUGGAGUGACAUCCAAGGAUGGACCAUGCCACCUGAGUAUACUGUUAAUACUUGAGCGUGCUCUCUCUCUCUCUCUCUUUCUCUCUCUCUCUCUUUCUCUCUCUCUCUCUCUCUCUCUCUCUGUGUGUGUGUGUGUGUGUGUAUGUGUGUGUGUGUGUGUGUGUGUGUGUUCUUAUGUUCAGGCCAUGGCAGUCACCCUCUUAAUAGAUAAGUGUUAAUUUAUUAUAGACUAAAACAUUGAUCUUUUAAAAAUGGAAUGUUCUUAAUUCAUGACUAUAUUUUAAAGAAUGGAUUAAAUAUAGCUACUUUUAUGUGUACUUGUGAGCCAAUUGCCCCUCCCCCCAUGUCUUAACAGCCACAAUCUUCCAAAUGUCAUUCCCAAGGCUGUAUCUCCAACACACUGCUAUGCUAGUAAGGUUUUAUUUAACUUUAUUUAUGGGUAAUUGUGUCUGUGGAAAACAGAUGUGCCGCUGCCAGUCCCACAGUGUGUGGGAUAAGAGUGGUCCAGUGUUAUUUUCUGAAUGUUUUAAAAUGCCUGUGGUCAAGACUGUUUUUGCCUUGUGACUUCUGAGUAUGGGGAGCUGUAGUAUAUUCCCAUGUGGGGGUGUCUGCUGUGCUGCUACAGUUGUAACACUGGAGCUGGAGAAAAUAAAGCAUUGAUCCUGA